AUGGCUGUAGUUGGAUUCGACAAUCGAUUCCACUACGUUUUGGCAGGAUGGGAAGGAAGUGCGACAGACUCAAGGGUAUUAUACAAUGCACUUGAUCAUCCAACGGACCCAUUUGUGGUCCCCGAAGGCAAAUACUAUCUUGCUGAUGGGGGUUAUCCGAACAUUGUUGGUUUCCUAACACCUUAUCGAGGACAUCGUUAUCAUAUGUCAGAAUUUGACACCCCGGGGGCACGCAGACCUAGAACUCCACAAGAAUUAUUCAACCAUAGGCAUUCAUCACUUCGAAAUACAGUAGAAAGAACUUUUGGCAUGUUGAAAGCACGUUUUCCAAUAUUGAAAAUGCAAGUGCCGUAUCCAUUCAAAAAACAAGCUCAAAUUGUGCUUGCUACAUGUGUAUUGCACAACUUCAUACUUGACCACAAUCCAAAUGCCGAACAAUUUGGUGAUGAGGACGCACCUACAAUUGAUAAUUCUGUCGUAAGCGAACCGGAAAUUGCAAGCCAAACACACCAGCGGGGAAGCAACAAUCCCUUGAGAACAACUAUAACAAAUCAAAUGUUUGCAGAUUAUCAAUUGAAUAGACAACGAAGAUGAUUCCUCGUCAAAAGUACUAUGUCGUCUUCGAAGGCAGGUCACGAGGAAUAUACAACAGUUGGGAGCAGUGCCAACCAUUAGUGUAUCGCUACAAGGGCGCCCUGUUCAGAU